AUGGCAAAGAAACUGAUGAUAGCACUCGCAUUCACUCUUAUAAUUCUCUUCGCUGUGCUCACUGCAAUAAUAGGUGUUCAUUUCCGAACGUCAAGAAACAAGUUAGGCAUCGCAACGCCGGAACAAAAGCUCGCAUCUGGUCGCCUUACGCUUAAGAAAGUUGGUCCUAACCAAGUGGUCGUUGAUAACGGUAUCAUCCAAGUUACUUUCUCAAGUCCACAAGGCUUGAUAACUGGAAUCAAGUACAAGGGCUUUGACAAUGUGUUGAACAACAAAAUUGAAAAUCGCGGUUUAGAAGGAGUAAAUUUCAAAGUUAUAAAUCAAACAAGUGAGCAUGUUGAAAUUUCAUUUUCACGUACUUGGGAGAUUUCUCAACGUGGCUCACUGGUCCCCUUAAAUGUAGACAAACGAUAUAUCAUUCGAAGAGGGGUAUCUGGAAUAUACAUAUACGCUGUGUUAGAGAAGUUAAAAGGUUGGCCAACUGUGGACAUAGACCAAACCAGGAUCGUCUUCAAGCUUAACCCAAAAUUUGAUUUUAUGGCUAUAUCUGAUCUACGGCAGAAAAUUAUGCCUUCUGAAAUUGAUCGAGAUAUUACUAUUAGGCGUGCUGAUCCAUUAGCUUAUAAAGAAGCUGUUCGUUUGAUAAAUCCUCAAAAUCGUAUAUUUAAAGGGCAGGUCGACGAUAAGUACAUGUACUCAAUGGAAAACAAAGACAACAAAGUACAUGGCUGGAUCUCGUCGGACCAAGGUGUCGGCUUCUGGAUGAUAACUCCCAGCGAGGAGUUCCGUGUCUGUGGGCCCGUCAAACAAGAACUAACUUCUCAUGUUGGACCCAUCACACUCUCCAUGUUUACAAGUUUACAUUACGUGGGGAAAGAUAUGAAUACAACUUAUACAAGCAUGGAGCCGUGGAAGAAGGUGUAUGGUCCUGUCUUUGUAUAUCUCAACUCUGCCUCUUCUCCUAAUCGUCUCUGGACCGAUGCUAAACGACAGAUGGUUGCGGAGGUCCAGAGUUGGCCAUAUGAUUUCGUGAAGUCAGAAGAUUACCCUCUUCAUCACCAAAGAGGAACAGUCAAAGGUCAAUUCUUUGUAAUGGACAGAUACAUAAGCAACUCAAAGUUAUUUGGGAAAUUUGCUUUUGUGGGUUUAGCAAUGCCCGGUAAAGCUGGUUCAUGGCAAACCGAAAACAAGGGAUAUCAAUUUUGGACAAGAGCAGACAGAAUGGGGAUGUUCACAAUAACGAAUGUGAGACCAGGGAAUUAUAGUCUCUAUGCAUGGGUUUCUGGGCAUAUUGGUGACUAUAAAUAUGAGCAUGACAUUACCAUCACACCAGGCAGGGAGAUAGACGUAGGAGGCAUAGUGUAUGAGCCGCCCAGAACCGGUUCUACACUGUGGGAAAUCGGAAAACCAGACCGGACUGCGGCAGAAUUCUAUAUACCGAACCCGGAUCCAACCCUAUUGACCAAACUUCAUCUUAAUAACUCUUAUGAUCCUGAUCAAGACCGAUUUAGACAAUAUGGUCUAUGGGAUCGUUACACUGCUUUGUAUCCUCGAAAUGAUCUUAUUUAUAUUGUUGGAGUGAGUGACUAUAAAAAAGACUGGUUCUAUGCACAUGUGACCAGGAAUGCUGGGAAUGGAACAUAUCAAGCAACGACAUGGCAAAUUGUGUUUGAUUUAAAAGCAGUGACUAAAACUGGAAACUACACGUUUCGAAUGGCUUUAGCUGCAGCCACGACUGCGAAUUUAUCCGUUCGGAUCAACGGACCUACGUCCAAACCUAUUUUCAUGAUUGGGCUAGUAGGGCGAGAUAACGCGAUCGCGAGACAUGGAAUUCAUGGGUUAUACAGAUUGUAUGAUAUUAAUGUUGGUGGAAACUUGCUUAGGGUUGGUAAUAAUACAAUUUUUCUUACUCAAGACCGAAAAUGGGAUUCGUUUACAGGUGUUAUGUAUGAUUAUCUUCGUUUAGAAAGUCCUCCGGGAACUUAA